AUGAGUCUCGUGGCCCUGAUCACCGGCACCAACAGCAAUUUGGGGCUCAACAUUGCCUAUCGUCUACUGGUCGAAGUUCCUUCUGAAACCAGGCUGACCAUCAUUGUCACGUCCAGAACACUCCCUAAAGCCAUUGAGGCGAUAAACAAGAUUAAAGAGCACAACGAAAAACAUGUGCGUCGUAUAGCCAUUCUGGACUUCGACUAUGUCCUUGUCGACUUCUCCAACAUGGUGUCCAUUCUCGCGGCGAUCUACGAACUCAAGAAAAACCACAACAAGCUCGACUACCUCUUCAUCAAUGCUGCCCAGGGCGUCUACUCGGGCAUAGACUGGAUCCAGGCCACCAAAGAAGUUCUCUCCAACCCAGUGCAGGCCUCGACUUUCCCCACGUACAAGAUUCAGAAAGUAGGUGUCAAGUCUUCCGACGGGUUGGGGCUCGUGUUCCAGGCAAACGUGUUUGGACCUUAUUACUUUGUACAGCAUCUGGCCGAGCCAUUACUGUCGCACUCUAAAAAUCCCCGGGUCGUGUGGAUCUCGAGCAUAAUGUCAAAACCUUCGUUUUUGUCCUUUGACGAUCUACAGCUGCUUAGGUCUGACAUCUCGUACGAGGGCUCAAAGCGGCUUGUCGACUUGCUCCAUCUCGGCUCAUACAAAGAACUCAAGUCCAGGUAUGGCAUCAACCAGUACUUGACCCACCCAGGCAUAUUCACCUCGUUCUCGUUCUUCCAGUACCUCAACCCGCUCACAUUCUACGGAAUGCUGCUGAUGUUCUACGUGGCAAGGCUUUGUGGCUCGCCGUGGCACAAUAUAUCGGGCUGGAAAGGCGCUAACGCUCCGAUUUUCGUCUGUCUAAAAGCCAAUCCAGAGCUGGACCUGCAGGAGAAAAAAUACGGCAGUGCAUGUACUAUCACCGGUAAAGAGUACCUCAAGAUUACAGAGGUCGAUGCAACGGGCCAGGCAGACGUGGCAAAGUACUUUGAAGACCUCAAAUUACAAUGGGAUGAGAAAUUAAAAAACCAAAUUGCAGAUACUAGAAAAGUGUACGCAGACGAUUAA